UAAGAGCAUUGUCAACCGAACAACCAGAUGUGCAUCAGCUGAUUGUACUUCUCUGUUAUAUCAGAGAUAGGAACGUGAGUGCGGAGAUUCAUUUUGCGGGAAUUGUUGAAUAAAAACCACGCGUGUUCCACUAAAGUGGGUAACCAUGCAAAACUGCAGGCGCUGCAUCAGCCUAGCGGGCCUUUUGCGGAUGCCACUCUUCCUGCGUCCGUCCUUUUCAAAUGAUUUGUCCCUGCGUCGACUGCACCGUGCGGCUUUUUUAUUUUCCCGGAAAAAACCAGAAACGAACUUGUCCACGCUGUUCAAGCCAGUACAGGUGCACGCCAAUAUGGAUUCAGAGGACGUAGGUUCCGAGCUGUCGGGCAAACUGGAAAAGGCUGAGCUGUUGAAGAUUCUCAAUAAGUUCACCCAACGUCGCGAAAUCAAGUCACUUUGCAACGAAAACGGACUGGACGCCUACCUACAGCAACAGGCCUUUGGCUCAUUCCGAAGAUUCUGCAUCGAGGCAGAAAACCUUCCAGUAGAUCUGCACAUAACCUUUAGCGAUAUAACGCAGGGAGCGGGUCAUAUCGAUGACAUCUUCCCGUACUUCCUACGACACGCAAAGACAGUAUUCCCGCACCUGGACUGCAUGGACGACCUGAAAAAGAUUUCCGACCUGAGGCAGCCUGCGAACUGGUAUAGCAACGCUCGCGCCAUCACCCGAAAGAUUGUUUUUCAUGCAGGACCCACAAACUCCGGUAAGACUUACCACGCCAUGGAGAGAUACCUGAGUGCGAAGUCUGGGGUCUACUGCGGGCCACUAAAGCUUCUAGCAACCGAGGUGUACAACAAGGCCAACGAACGUGGCACACCCUGCGAUCUUGUCACAGGCGAGGAGCGCAAAUUCGGCAUAAGCGAAAAUUCGCCAGCCAAUCACGUCGCGUGCACAGUGGAAAUGACCUCGGUCAACACUCCAUAUGAGGUGGCUGUAAUCGAUGAAAUACAACAGAUCCGCGACCCCCAGCGGGGAUGGGCUUGGACGCGGGCCUUCCUCGGACUGAUCGCGGAUGAAGUGCAUGUUUGUGGUGAGCCAGGCGCAUUGGACCUCCUGCAGAAAAUUUGCGAAACCACUGGCGAAACUGUUGAAGUGCGGCGGUACGAUCGGCUGACGGAGCUGACUGUCGAAAAUACCGCUUUAGGAUCAUUGGACAAUAUAGUUCCUGGCGACUGCAUUGUGUGCUUCAGCAAACAUGAUAUAUAUACGGUUUCACGAGAAAUCGAAGCACGAGGGAAGGAGGUAGCUGUGAUAUAUGGGGGCCUGCCCCCAGGUACCAAGCUAGCCCAGGCUGCUAAGUUUAAUGAUCCUGCCAAUAGCUGCAAGGUAAUGGUGGCGACUGACGCCAUCGGUAUGGGCUUGAACCUAAGCAUUCGUCGAAUCAUAUUUUACUCACUGAUCAAGCCGUCGAUGAAUGAGCGAGGGGAGCGCGAGAUCGACACAAUAUCGGUUUCCUCCGCACUUCAGAUUGCGGGAAGAGCGGGGCGGUUCCGAACUCAGUGGGAGCACGGAUAUGUAACUGCCUUCAAGUCCGAGGACUUGCAAACCCUACAGCGGAUAUUGGCUCAGACACCUGAGCCGAUAAAGCAGGCGGGCUUGCAUCCCACGGCCGAUCAGAUUGAGCUCUACGCCUACCACCUGCCAAGCUCGUCUUUGAGCAACCUAAUGGACAUAUUCGUAAAUCUGUGCACUGUCGAUGAUUCCCUAUACUUUAUGUGCAACAUUGAAGACUUUAAGUUCUUGGCCGAAAUGAUACAACAUGUUCCACUGCCCUUGCGGGCCCGCUAUGUGUUCUGCUGUGCACCUAUUAAUCGCAAGAUGCCGUUUGUUUGCUCGAUGUUCCUUAAGGUAGCACGGCAAUACAGCCGCAACGAGCCUAUUACCUUUGAUUUUAUAAAAAAAAACUGUGGCUGGCCGUUCAAGCUACCCAAGACGAUAUUGGAUCUGGUCCAUCUGGAGGCCGUCUUUGACGUGAUGGAUCUGUAUCUUUGGCUAAGCUAUCGGUUCAUGGAUCUCUUCCCUGAAGCGGCCUAUGUGCGAGAUGCCCAGAAGGAACUGGACGAAAUUAUACAGCAGGGCGUUUUCCAAAUAACUCGCUUGCUUAAAAAUACCGAGGCGAGUCAGGACGGAGACAUAUCAAACUAUGCAAUCCGGCGAAUAACGCACACGAAGGAGCCUCGUCUACCCAGCUUGUCGCGUGGCCGUCUCACCGAAAGGUUACUUGCGCAGGGUCUGCUUACCCCAGGCAUGCUUAGCGAGCUACGCAAGGAAUGGGACGCCCAGCAAGUUGGCAAAUCCAAUUUGCAAUCUAAUGAAAAUUCGGAAACAGUGGUGAAUAGCGACGACGAGGAUAAUUACUCAGGGAUCGGGCGAAAGACAAGGAAAAAACGCAGAAAAUGAACGUGCCAGCUUAGGAUUAGUUAGAUUACGAAAUAAGUAGGUAAGAAAUGGAUUUUUAUAUAAUAUACUUUUAUUUUAAGUGGCAAUUAAGUAAUAUUAAAAUUAUUCAGUUGAUAAUUAACAAUGA